ACCAGUUCAAGUUGGGCCCGGACGAGACCUGAGUCUGAACCCGGAAAAGGUGGAGCCUCUGAGCUCAAACCCGGAAGCGAGUGAGAGGCUUCCAAGCCUAGAUUAGGAAACUUAGGUUUCUGGGACUCCUAGGCCUGGAGGUCCGCCGCGUGCACCGCCCCCUACAUACAUCCCUAGUGGGGGAAGCGGUGUUGGGGCGGGACUCGGAGCCUAAUGUAGCAGGGGCGGGGUUCCAGCGCGCUUGCCAGGCCAGCGGGAGGCGGAGCGGCUGGGAGCGCCGGGGCCCGGAUGUUCGGGUGCUGCGUUCGGACCCGCUGAUCCCCGGCUCCUCUGGGGAACCUAGUGGGGCCAAUGGCUGUCGAUAUUCAACCAGCAUGCCUUGGACUCUACUGUGGGAAGACCCUAUUAUUUAAAAAUGGCUCAAGUGAAAUCUAUGGAGAAUGUGGGGUAUGCCCAAGAGGACAGAGGACAAAUGCACAGAAAUACUGUCAGCCUUGCACAGAGUCCCCAGAACUUUAUGACUGGCUUUAUCUUGGAUUUAUGGCGAUGCUUCCUCUUGUUUUGCAUUGGUUCUUCAUUGAAUGGUACUCCGGGAAAAAGAGCUCCAGUGCUCUUUUCCAGCACAUCACCGCGCUGUUUGAAUGCACUAUGGCAGCUAUCAUCACCUUACUUGUUAGCGAUCCUGUGGGCGUCCUUUACAUCCGUUCAUGCCGCGUACUGAUGCUGUCUGAUUGGUAUACGAUGCUUUACAACCCAAGUCCAGAUUACGUUACCACGGUGCACUGCACUCACGAAGCAGUCUACCCACUGUACACCAUUGUGUUUGUUUAUUACGCAUUCUGCUUGGUGUUGAUGAUGCUUCUGCGGCCUCUCCUGGUAAAGAAGAUCGCGUGUGGACUUGGGAAGUCUGACCGGUUCAAAAGUAUUUAUGCUGCUCUUUACUUCUUCCCCAUUCUGACUGUGCUGCAGGCGGUCGGCGGGGGCCUCCUGUAUUACGCCUUCCCGUACAUUGUAUUAGUGUUAUCUCUGGUUACCCUGGCCGUGUACAUGUCUGCUUCUGAAAUAGAGAACUGCUAUGAUCUCCUGGUCAGGAAGAAAAGACUCAUUGUUCUCUUCAGCCACUGGCUACUGCAUGCCUAUGGACUAGUCUCCAUCUCCAGAGUGGACAGGCUGGAGCACGACCUACCACUUUUGGCUUUGGUACCCACACCAGCUCUGUUUUACUUGUUCACUGCAAAAUUUACUGAACCAUCUCGGAUACUCUCAGAAGGGGCCAAUGGACACUGAAUAUAAAAUGCCAAAAAAAAAAAAAAAAAAAAAAUCCCAAAAGUAUUCUCAAUUUAAAAGAGGAAAGAAGAGUUUAAAAUGUAUUAAUAGCAUUCUUUCAACACGGGAAGAAGAUUGUCCAGAUAUUAUAAUGCUUGUGUUUUAUCUUUUGAUUUAUCGGACCUUGUGGUUAUACUUGGAAAUUCCCUGGCCUCACAUUACUGCGUUAUACAUACCUUAACUAUCACACUGGAAGCCCCAACAGGCAGUUGUAAUUGCUUCUGGAGCACGGCCAUGUUUCUGUACACCUGUGCUAAUGGUGUCUCCCUGCUUUUUGUGAAAAACAAGUCUAUUCUGAACCCCUUUUCCGUGGCAUCAUUAUGCCUUUUGUUGUCUGCACAUUUGGCUUUUUACCUAUAAGGAAUUACAAAGGCAAACGUGCUUGUGGAGUGUGACCAGAAACCAGAAACAGAGAUGUCUUUGUCAAUGGCUAUUUAUUUUCACCAAUACAGUGUUUAGUAAUAUUACAAAAAUAAAAGCAUAAUUUAUAUAACAAACUUUCUGUUUAGAGACAGUUUGGUUGAAGACAUGUUCAAAUUAUUGUUCCUAUAAAGAAGAAAACAAUAGAGAGUUUAACUGUAAAAUAACUCAAUGUCCUGGUAAUUAAUUCUCUUUUACUACAGUGAUUAUGGAAGUAAUUAGAAAUGUUAAGUAUUAAGGCCCAUAUUUCUUUUGUCUACUGAAUAAAUAUGCUUACUCCCAUUCUCUUCUCUCAUAUUCCAUUUCUUAAAACAAGAUAUAUAGGUCACAUUGUAUUGGUCCUGAGACUUUUUUUUCAGUCAUAACAUUUCUGAGUCGGGAUCUUAAAACUGGAAGUCUCUGAGAUAGAAUGAAAUAGAGAUAUAUAGAAGAUCCCUGUGGCUGGUUUUGGAUGGGUAAGCCGCCAUGUUCAUACUCUGAAGGCUUUGUAAGACUCAUGUUAUGGCCUUGGAAACAAACAAACAAACAAACAAACACCCUUAGCCUAAAAAUCUGGCCAUGUGUAUCCAUUUGUGAUUUGAAAGGUUAGUCCUAGCAUCUGCUCAUGGAAACUCUGAAGACUUUUAUUGGUACCACAAAACACAAACUUAAGAGCACUUACAUGGCCUGUGUUUCUCCGGGCUUCGUGGUUGUUUCUUUAACAUUUUACAGUUCCUGCUUAAUGUAUUUCUCCUAACAUGAAUGGAUGGGGAAAAACGAAGUAUUUUUUUUUUCUUUUUCUUCUUUCCUGUAAGAAAAAAUUUGGUUUUGUGGUUAUUAAUGAAUAUUAAAAUGCUGAGUUGCUCCAAGAAUCCAUACAUGAGAGGUGACAUGUCUGAUGUGCCACCUCUGAGCCUACUGCAUUUGAAUCUGUAGACAGUUACCUUCCAAUGUCCUGUUCUAGCAAAAAAGUAUGUAAAAGAGAAGUAAAAAUAAAAAGAUUACAAUUCUGCAAUGACAGAGAUUGUUAGGGAUACCCAAUAUCUCCAAUUGACAAUCUGCUUUAUGGAAACAAAGUUAUCAAUAUAGCCAUGCUAAUUGUUCAUGUUAGUAAAGUUUGAUAAAAUGUGUUUAUUAAAAAUAUGCAAAACAGGAGGCAGAGGCAGGUGGAUCUGUGAAUUCAAGGCCAGCCUUGGUCUACAGAACAAGCUUCAAGACAUCCAGGGCAAUUAGUAAAUAAAUAAAUAAAAAAAUAAAUAAAUAAAAUUUGCAAAUAGCUUUCAUCCUAGCUCAGUGUCCAUCUUGUCUGAGGUCUUCAUGACACAUUGUAACUCUUAUUGCCAUGGGCUAGAGUAAUUUGCUAUUAAGACCUGAAUAAUUUGAAAGGCAAAACAUCCUCUCUUAAUUUGGAUUUCUCGAAGGGUUUAACAACAUAUUUAUCCAAAACUAUGAGUUUAAAGGACUUGGCUGCUCACUGGAGCCAUGUAGAAAUUAAAAAGCAAAACAAAACAAAACAAAAAAAAAACCCAAAAUGUGCCUGACCUUACCCCAGGAUACUCAUGAUAAGCUGGUGUAGGAUGCAGCCUCAAGGUGGAUUGACUGUUUUUUCUACGCUCCAUGUGGAAGGUUGAGAACUAUUGGCCUAAAGGUCUUCCUUCUCUAGAGCUUAGUUUUUUCAAGGGAUAUUUCUGGUUUGGUUUGGUUUGGUUAGGCUUGGUUUUCCCAAGGCAGUCUAGUUAUGUAGCCUGGGAGAUCUUGAGCCUCUGGAUCCAGACUGCCCAGUCUCCUGGGGCAGGACCCCAGUGGGGCUUUCAAGAUAACCUUUUGACAAUUGUUCAACAAAUGAUUUCACUCUACUUUUCUCUCUGUAAUUCUGUAAUUCUACUGUAACUAUAAAAUUAAAAGUAGUUUUGUUUUUCA